AUGGUGAGCAGAAGCAGCAGCAGCAGCAGUAGCAAGAGCCGGGAAAGAUUACCGGAGAAGAAGAUUCCCGUUCUCUCAGUCUUGCAGAACUGUUCGAUCAUCAAGAACAUCUUCGUCGUCGGCCCGUCCGACGGCGGCGGCUCCUCCGUCGCCUCCGGAGGCGGAAACCAGCCGGCGAGAGAAGGAGGUGGCGGUACGGAAAUGGAGGAGGUUGUGACGGUCGGCCGGCAUCCGGACAACUUGAUCGUGUUGACGCAUCCGAGCAUCAGUAGAUUCCACUUCAAGAUCAUCGUCAAGUCUUCUACUCACCAGCUCUUCGUCACCGAUUUGAGUUCCGCUCAUGGAACUUGGGUAUCGGGGAAGAAGAUUGAGCCAGGAGUUCGAGUGGAGGUCGCUGAGGGAGAUACGAUCCGAAUCGGCGCUUCAACCAGAGUUUAUCGGCUGAAUUGGGUGCCAAUGAGUCGCGCUGACGAUAUGCAGAAUCCUUCUGCUUCUUCAGCUAUGGAUGUUGCUUUGGUUGAAGAGAAGGAAGAGCAAAAGCCAGGGCUUGUUGAAGCUAAACAAGAGAUGACGACUCCUCAGAAGGAAGAUAAAGAACUUGGGAUUAGGGAUUCAGACGAAGUGAGGGAGGUUUUGAGCGGCGAAAGAGACGAUGGAUUUGCUAGGAAAGCUGCGAAUGGGGAAUUUUCUGGGGUUAGUGAGAGCAGUGAACAGUAUUCAUGUGAAGAAGUGUCAGGGAUAGUAGAAGAAGAGGUCAAGUUGGAGUCUCCAUUGCCUGCUACGGAAGUAGAUAUCAAGUCGGAAUCCCCAUUGCCUAUUCUGGCUGCAGAGAACGAAGUGACUAUGAAGGAAGAAGCAGAGUUUCAGUUAAGGGAUUCUGAGGAUUUUUUCAGUACUGAGAAGAAAGAGGUAGUUGUUUUGGAGGCUAUCUGUAAUGAAUCUUCUUCACAAGACGAAAGCAGAGAAUGUUAUUCAUGUGAAGGAGUAUCCGAUGUCCAUGAUAGCUUAGAUUCUUCGCUGCCUGUUAUGGAAGAACAGCAACAGUCUGGCUGUGAUGUAGUGGAACAAACAGAGAACCAAUGCUUGGUGAAGGAAGAUCAUGUACAAUGUGGAAUGUUUGAAUUAGAAUCUGUUAACUUGUCGUUGACAGAGGUGGAACCAACUGAGAGCUCUCGGCAAGUGCUUUUUGCAGAGGGGAAAGUGGAGAUUGGAAAUCCAUAUAUAAAUGAUGAUGAAGCAUUGGAAGUUUCAGAGCUGGGAACUGAUGGUCCAGUAACAAGACACGAAGAAGCUUCUAUAAGUUCACUGAUUGAAGAUCAAGAACAAGGGGAAGCUGCUGUUCUAGGAUCUGAUUCUGAAAACUUGUGCUAUAUUGCUGGGAAAUCGGCUGAUGCCCACUUGACGCGGGUAUCCGUUUGUGAAGAGAAUGAUGAAACAAGGGUUCCCUUGAGAAAGGAUAAUGAAGUGACGGAAGUUUCAAACUAUGGAACAUGUGGUUCAGUUGUUGUAGGAAGUGAAUUUGAAGAUAAUGAUGUAUCUGAGUCCUCCUUUGCUAAUGAUGCCCUGGCAGAGAGUGGGAGCAAAGACUUGUCUGUAAUAUUUCAAGGAGAACCCAGUGAAGUGGCGAACCUAUACUCUUCACUACUUUUUGCAGCUGUCAAAGCCCACCUGGACAGAGAAAUAGCUAUGAUGGGAGACAGGGAACCUUCAGAACCUGCUCUUUUAGAGGUGAACUUGUCUUUGACAGUUGAAAAUCUACUUGAAGCUGACCAGCCGCUGGUGUCCCAUGAGGAGGGCAAGGAAGACAGAAAAGAUGACGAAGUCAUUGAAGUUCCAAGCACAAUUCAAGCAGACUUGCUGGAUAGUGGAAGAGCAUCAAUGAAGGACCAGAGAAGUUCAGAACCUGGUAUUUUCGAGAAAUCUGAUUCAGUGAGCUUGUCUGUGAUUGAUGAGAGUCUGUCUGGGACUGACUUGCACGAGGUUUCUUCUGUUGUGGGGAAGGAAGGCUUAUGGAGCUCGUUUAAAAAUAUUGAUGAAGUUCAAGAAGACAUUGUGGAUUGUGUAAGUUCAUCUAUGAAGGACCAGAAAUCGGAUUCAGUGAACUCAUCUAUGAUGGAUGAGAACCUUUCUGGGACUGAGAUGCAACAGGUUUCUUUAGUUGCGGGGAUGGUAGAAGACAUAGCAAGCUUGUGUAGAAAUGAUGAUGAAGCCAAAGAAGUUUCUAACUUGCCUCGGUCGGUUGAGAAUCUAGUCGAGGCUGAGCUCCAGUUGGUUCCAUUUGAGGGAAAAUAUGACAUCAGCUCUCUGUCCAUAAAUGAUGGUGAACUCACAGAAGUUCCUAAGUCCGUUUUUUCGGUUGAGAAUCUACUCGAGGCUGACCUACAGUUGGUUUCAUUUGAGGAAAAAGAUGGUGAAUUCACAGAAUUUGCGAAGUCACCUUUUCCAGUUGACAAUCUACUUGAGGCUCACCUGCCGUUUGUGUCAAAUGGAAAAGAUGAAAUGAGCCUUUUGUCCAGAAACGAUGGUGAAGUCACAGAAGUUCCAACCAUGGUGCAAACAGAUGUAGGAUACGAUGAAAGAUCAAUAAUGAAGGAUCAAGAACAUGUCAAAAUUGAUCCUUCUGAAGCAGAUACGGGGUACUUGUCUUUGUUGGUACAAAAUCUCUCUGAGCCUGAUUUUCAGCUGUCCUUAGUGGGUAAUGAAGAUAUCGGAAGAAGCCCGUGUGUAGAUGUUGAUAAUGAAGAAGUUGCAGAACUUCCUAACUUUGCAACUGUUAGUAUUGCUGAUGAAGAGUGUGAAAGUGGAAGCGAGCAUGGGAAAUUUGAUGAACUCAAUAGAAGUCCUGAUUCUCUUCCAAGCUUGAGAAGUUAUCAUGAGAAAUGUGGUGAACUCGAUAGAAGUCCCAAGUCCCCUGAAACCUUGAAAAGUUAUCAUGGAAGCGAGAAUGUGGAGUUCAAUGAACUGAAUAGAAGUCCUGAAUGGCCGUCUGUUGAAGUUCACCUUUCAAAGAGAUUAGACACAGAGUUCCCUGUCAGCUUAGAGACAGAUAUCAAUAUGGACGACUUUGAUUCUCUAAUGUCUGUUGAGACGAUGGAAGGAGAUGAUCUGGACACCACAAGUAGACCACUGGAGGAAGGCCAUCUGGAAAUUUCCCCCCUUGAAACAGAAUCCAGCAUUUCUGAAGCUAAUUCGCUGCCAGUCUCGUUUUCUGAAGCAAGGGAUGAUAAACUGAUGGAAACUUCAAACUCCGAAGCUGGUAGUUUAGUUGUCCACGAAGCGGAAGAAGGAGAUACGUUUGAAGAAUCGUCAUCAAAGAGUGGAAACGUGGACAUUGAUUCUACUCUAAGAUCACCAGUGAAACUCAUUAAUACCAUGGACUUGGAUACUCUCUUUGUUGCUGCAGUUGAAUCUGACUUGGACAGCAAUGCAUCGCCGGCAGAAGACCAGAGACAGAGACACCUAGACAUGUCUCUUUUUGAUAGCCCUGCAAGGGAAGAAACUGCAUCAAAGCGAGGCCAAAGCUUGGAUUCAAGCAACCCGCUGGAUUUCGAUUCAUUCUCGUCAUGUGAUGGCGCUGCAGUGAGACACCGAGAACAAAAGAAGGAAGAAGUUAUUCCUGUUGAAUCUGAAUCUUUGACUUCGCCUUCACAGCCAGUCAUCCAUGUCAGUGGUGGCAUUCAAGAACCGGAGGAUCACAAUUCUACUCCAAAUGCAGAACCUGGAAGCUUCUCUAUCUGCACUGUAUCAAUGGUGACAGAAUCUGUGAGCUCGUCAUCUUUCUCAAUUGAGGAACUUCUCUCUCAGAUCAUGGAGAGCGAAGAAGAAGAAAGCACGACCCCGCAAUCUGUUCUUGCGACAGUACGAAGUUUGGAACAACAGCAUCCCAAGAGCGAGAACAAUGCUGUCAGGUCGUCGGUAAAGAGAACAAGCUUUAGGCUCAAGAGAGUAGAAUCUGGUUCAGUUGGUGGUCAGCUCCGGAAAACUCAAAGCAUGGGGAAGAUCAGUACAGAAGAUACGAGAUCAUCACCAAAGAAGCUUCAUUUCUCUGGUCUUGAAUCGCCACCACAGAGAGAACUCUUUACUCCGGACAAGGAGAAUAGAAGCCCGAAUAAGUCCAGUUUAAGCAGAUCGUUAUCGUCUAAGAUCACGCUUACUUCCAGAAUCAUGGCCGCAGGGAACACUUCUCCGAUCAAGGAGCACUCCAGCACUCCUGGAGCCAUUGAACAAAGGGCAGCUACAACUACCACACCAAGCUCAAGCUCCAGGAAUAAUAAAGCGAAGUUAGGACUACAACUGGUGCUAAGGAACGACAGGAUGCCGUUGCAGAAUCUGAUUAUCCGUUCCCCUGUGAAAAGCUUGUCUGGUGGUGGAGCUUCUUCACUUGGUUCUGCUGCUUCCUUUGAAACAACACCUGGUUCUUCUGCUGCGGAGCAAUCUUAUGUUAACCGCAGCAGAGAAGAGACAAAGACGAAGAAAUGGAUAAUGGUGGUGGACACGGCUUCGCUGCUGGACCACGAGUCAAGGAAGGCGUUGCAGCUUCUACAAGGUCUCAGGGGGACUCGGUUGAUCAUUCCAAGAAUAGUCAAGAAUGAACUGGAGUCACUGAAGAGGACUAGUAGAUUGUUCAGGAGGAGGAACACAGCGGCGUCCAAAGUGUUGGAGUGGAUAGAAGAGUGUGAACUGAAAACAGAGUGGUGGAUUCAUGUCCAGACUUCGAUAGAUGAGAGUGCAGUUCCACCCACGCCACCUGCAUCGCCAGAAUCUGGAGGCGGCAGCAGCAGGACAAAAUGGUACACUCCUCCAUUUUCAUCGAUGACGACACCACCUGCUUCGCCGGUAACUGGAACCACCAGCAAGACAAAAUGGUACAGUCCAUUUUCAUCGAUGCCCUCGCCGAGGCGAGAGGAUCAUGUCCUUUCCAGUGCCUUGUUCUACAAGAAGCUCUGCCGCGAUGGUGAGCGAGUCGUCCUGAUCAGCCAUGAUCCCGACCUCCUGUUCAAAGCCAUGCUAGAGGGUUUGAUAUGCGAGACGGCUCAGGAGUUCAGGGGCAGCCUGGUAAACCCUUUCUCCGAAAGGUUCUUAUGGGGUGAAAGCUCUCCCAGAGGGCAUACCUGGUCUGUCCACGAUGACGUGGUGUUGAAGGAAAGGUAUUACCCUACUCCUCAUCGGAAGUUGACACGGGGAGACAGUGCGAGAGGCCUGAAACUCGUACUGCUCGACGAUGACAACUCCCGUCGCAGUCAUGGAUUCUCCAGUGACUCCAUUAAAACUCUGUAAGGCUUUCUCUGGAGUGAGUAAUCAGAACUUCUUUAUCUUGUACCUGCCACAGUUUUCUGCAGGUUUUCUGUAACUUUCUAUCCUGUAUUAGCUGUAGCUGGUUUUCUCAACCAGUACUGAGAAACGAAUCCCUGCUUUUAUUAGCUUUCAAUGCAUAAAACCUUACCUUCUAUAACGUACAAAACGAAAGCUCUAGACACAUGAAUUUCUCUACUUAGUUGUGAAUAAUAGUUCACUGCUAGUCCUACCACUACAGCUAGUACUAGGAUUCCCCUCCAGUAUUCUGGUUGCUGUAAUUACACGACCCGCCGGACAAAAGAAACGAGAACGAAGCCUCAGAAUCGUCGAACCCCUGUCGAUUGAAAUCCGGAAACCCACCACCGAAAUUGCACGAAUCGAAGUUCAAAGGGGAGAAGCAGCUCGCCACAGCGGCUGCACCAACAGGAUCAUCAACCGACUUGAAGUCCAUGAGAGCUUGAUCUCCAAGGCCACCGCCAUCAGCGGCAGGAUCAUCAGUAUGUGCAAGAGCAACGACUGUCUUGGUUUCGUCAGGAGGAAUGGCUGGGGUGUGUCCCUGGAACAGCGCGAUAUGCCCGAACAGCUUGUCCUUCCUCGAGAAGGUGGUCCCGCACGAGCAAAGCCACUUGUCCCUCCCGCAGUGCUUCUCGUGGGUCUUGAGGUCGGCCAUGACCGAGAACUUCUUGGUGUUACACCUGCUGCAGACGUAGCUCUUGUCGCAGUGAGUCCUCUUGUAGUGGUUCUUGACGCAGAGGAUCGUUUUGAGAGGCUGGAACUUCUUGUGGUCCUUGUUCCGCUUGCAGCCCGAGAAAGGGCACGAGUAUCUCUUGAUCAUCACUGGCUCUGCAGCGGCUGAGCUCACUUCUUUUAUCGUUGGAGGCUUUGCGAGGGCUGCAGGGGUCUUGUACUCGUCCCCGUGUCCUCUCAUGUGCAUUCUCAAGUUGGCAUCUCGCUUGAAUCCCUUCCCGCAUAUAGUGCAGAAGUGAGUGUGCGGGGCCAGGAUUUCUUCCUUCUCGAGCUGUAGAAUCUCGUACGAGCCAGGUGGGAGGUGCUCGGCUUCACCGUCCUCAUGUUCUUCGUGCUCUUCAGUGGUAUAGUUAUGGUCGACAUCCAUGCUGUUGUUAGGCUGCUGAUGUUGCUGCUCUGGAGAAACAGCAGCUGGUUUCGGUGUGAACUGGCUGAACUGUCCAAUUGUUUUGACGGAUGGAAGCAGAGUACCAGCGGUGGAUAUCAACUGGACAAUGAUGGAGGUGAGAUCGGCAGUUAUGAGCUGCUGCUGCUGCUGAGUCAGGAGCUCGUCCGGUUUGCUGGGAACUCGGCCUUUUCGGGUGAUUAUCAAAUGGACCAUGUCAUUGAGCUGAUGGAUCUUUUGUUCCAAGAAAGAGAGAUUGUUAAGCAUUGCACUUGGAUCCCACUCAGGGGGUUUGUUGUCGUUGCUGUUCUUGCCUUGUAUCGAAUUGUUGAUCUGUUCUCGGAAUGGCGGUUGUUGUUGGCCAAUCCUGAAUCCAUAGUCCAUGAUACAGGAGCUGUUGUUGUUGUCCCACUUCUUCUGAAGCUGCUGUUGUGACCCAAAAUCUGCUGAUUUCUCUUGUAACGAAUUCGACAACGAGGAUUUCGUCCCCCAUGUCUCACCACAUAUCUCAUCUUCAGGAUCCAUCUAGUAUAUGAUAUAGUUUGUGAAUCACAGUUCCUCCAAUUCCAAGCAAUCCUGAAUCCUCAAGCAGAACAGCAGCAGCAGCAGCUUCGUACCAUGAACUCACUGCUCUUCAAAGAGACGAA